AUGACCCAAACUGAGCUUCCCAAGCGGACAGAACCAGUCAGAUCAGUUGCUAUUAUUGGCGGGGGUGCUUCGGGAGCAAUUGCCCUGGACUCGUUGAUCAAAGAAGGUGUCUUUGACAAAAUAACAGUCUUUGAGAGGCGAGAUGUGUUAGGUGGAGUCUGGCAUUUGGAUGAGAAUCCAGAUCAACUGUCAGUUCCUCCCGGAGCUCCUGAGAGCGAACUUGAUCCACCAUUAGAAGUUCCGGUACAAUUGUUGGAUGAUGCAGAUAUUAGGUCAGUUAAUGCUCCUAGAUCAUCGCAGCAGCGAUAUAUUCAUACAGCCUCUUUUGAUGGUAUGAGAACAAAUAUUCCAGAAAGAAUUAUGACAUAUUCUGAUGAUCCACACUGGGAAUUUUUAGAUCGACCAGGAAAGGAUACUUUUACCAGUGUGAAAGCAGUCAGUCGGUAUAUAGAGACCUAUCUAGCCAGACAUCCGGAGCAUGUUGUAUUGCGCACUACAGUUGAGGACAUUUCCAAGGACUUUAACAAACCUAAUUCGCAAUACAAACUGGUUUUAAGAACAGAAACGGAUCAGAAGGAUGAAAACGGAGAUUUGAUAGAUAAAUGGUGGACAGAAAGUUAUGAUGCUGUGAUUCUGGCCAACGGUCAUUAUCAUGUUCCAUAUAUCACUCCUGUACCAGGCAUUGACGAAGUUUUCAAGGAAUUUCCUGGUGUAAUCACUCAUGCUAAAACAUUCAGAGACCAUAAUGUAUAUAAGGACAAACGAGUGAUCGUAGUUGGGGCCAGAGCAUCUGCAAUUGACAUAUAUCGAUUGAUUUCCCCUAUUACUAAAGAAGUCUACAGUUCUCGAAGGUCUCCAAAUUUGUUUGUAGCCGACCCUGACGGACCCAACAACCAAAUCAAACCAGUCAUCGAUCGAUAUGAAGUAUAUGAAGAAGAUGGUAAGAAAUCAUUCCGAGUAGUAUUUGAAGAUGGCUCUGUUGUAACCAAUCCAGACGAAGUUAUCUAUGGAACUGGCUUUAGGUUUUCAUUCCCAUUUUUGAAACGACUAAUUCCCGACUUCAGUAUUGGUAACAUUAUCCCACUUGCAUAUCAGCAUACAUUUUAUAUUCCUGAUCCGACAUUAGCAUUGGUUGGAGUGCCUAUUGAUGGACUUAGCUUCCGAGUGUUCGAAUACCAAGCUGUUUUGGUAGCAAGGUUUUUUGCAGGAAAUGCUGUACUACCACCUGAAGAGGUACAACGACAAUGGACAGAAGAGAGAUUUUCAAGAUUUGGGAAUACAAGACAGUAUCACUCAAUUGGCGUUGACGCAGCCCUACCGUAUUAUGAUGAUUUAAUCACUAUAGGAGGCGGUGUGGAUCCGAUAGGCAAACCUGGAUCUCGGCCAUUUCCAGUAUUGUCGGUCACAGACAUUGAAACGUUAAAGGCUGAGAGAGAGAGACUGCGGAAGUUUUUUAAUGAUACUAGCAUCCAAAAGUAG